UAGGGACGCAGUGCGCGCGCGCGACAGAGAGCGACAGGCGGAGCCCUGGCGAGAACUGACGUCAUUGUCCUGCGACUCCAAAUUAACGUCUGUGGGAAAGCCGGGCUGUCCUGAGUGGGAGUGGCACCGAGCUGCAGGGUAUCUUAAAAAGAAUAUUUUAAAAAUGACCACACCAAACAAGACACCUCCUGGUGCUGACCCUAAGCAGUUGGAAAGGACUGGAACAGUACGGGAAAUUGGGUCACAAGCUGUUUGGUCACUCUCAUCGUGCAAACCAGGAUUUGGAGUGGAUCAGUUACGAGAUGACAAUCUUGAAACUUACUGGCAAUCAGAUGGCUCCCAGCCUCAUUUAGUAAACAUCCAAUUCAGAAGAAAAACAACAGUGAAGACAUUAUGUAUUUAUGCAGACUACAAAUCUGAUGAAAGCUAUACUCCAAGCAAGAUCUCGGUCAGAGUAGGAAAUAAUUUUCACAAUCUUCAAGAAAUUCGGCAACUUGAAUUGGUGGAACCAAGUGGCUGGAUUCACGUUCCCUUAACUGAUAAUCAUAAGAAGCCCACUCGCACAUUCAUGAUACAGAUUGCUGUUCUAGCCAAUCACCAAAAUGGAAGAGACACCCACAUGAGACAAAUUAAAAUAUACACACCAGUGGAAGAGAGCUCCAUUGGCAAAUUUCCUAGAUGUACAACUAUUGAUUUCAUGAUGUAUCGUUCAAUAAGGUGACCUUAACACAGAACAAAAGUCAUUAAACGUACCUUUGUUUUAUCUUGUCAGUAAAUAUUAUAUCUGGAAUCUUUAUUGAAAAAACAUCAGUUAUUUUGCAAUUUUGUAUGCAUUGGAGAGUAUUUUAUUGUAACUUUAACAAAUAAAUUUUGGGUCAUACUAUUUUUAUUUUCUUUAACAUAUAAUAAAGCUCACAUAUUUUACAUUAUUAAAAAAGUAUUUGAAGCCCCUCAUUAAAUUUUUCAUUAUAUCAAAAGAAAAACAAUUGAACUGAGUAUUUUAAGAGAUACACCAUUUUUAAUAACCAAGUUAUUAUUUCGUAUAGUGGUCAUGUGUUAGAGUAAUGAUUUAUUGCAUGUUUGGGAACAGUACUAUGUUCUAUCAAUUAAUAGGCCAAAAUUAUUCUUUUUUUCCCCCUCUCUCUAGAGGAAGCUUAUUCUUUUAAUACUGGGCCUUUUAAAAAAAUAGUGUCAAAAUAGGCUUAGCAUUAGAUAUCUGAUGAGAACCAUUCUGAUUUGGGGAAUAUAGUUAAUUGUGUCAUAAUUACUUCCAUGAAAUACUUUUAAUCCCAGGGUUCUCUAUAUCCCGAUAUUGUGUCAGAGAUUGCCAGUGUCAUCUGCUAUUUAUUCUAAUGCUAGUGCUGCUUAUAGUAGACGUUUUUUUUUUAAUUUGUGUCUGACACAGAAGCAUUCUCUGAGGGAUGAUAAUAUGUCUCAUAAAAAUUUUUAAAAUGUAUAAAAUUGUUCUUUGUAUAUGAAAAUAUUUUAAAGGAGCUUAAACAUGUUUUCUUUCCAUGGUUUAAAAUGAGUAGAUUUGAUUCUGUAUGGUUUUUCUUUUUUCCCCCCCUAUAUCUACUACUUUUUAGGAGGAUGGUUAUUUAGCCACAGAACUUACCCAAAUUGGCUCUUAUGUUUAGGAAAGAUUCCUGGGUGGUUCUUGUAUUGCUUGGUAGACUGAAGUCUUGAAUAGUAAAGUUUUAGAUCUUUUUUUUUUUUUUUUUUUUUUACUUGAAGUAUACUUAACAUAUAGUGUUCUAUUUGUUUCAGGGUGUAUAACAGUGAUUUGACAAUUCUAUACAUUAUGCAAUGCUCACCACAAUAAGUAUAGUUACCAUCUGUCACUAUACAAAGUUGUUGCAGUAUUAUUGAUUAUAUUUUCUAUGCUGUACCUUUCCAUCUCCAUGACUUAUUUAUUUUAGAACUGAAAGUCUGUACCUCUUAAUCCCCUUCACCUAUUUUACUCAUCCUCCUUAUCCCCUCCCCCAUAGCAACCAAUUCUCUAUAUCUAAGAGUUUGUUUUAUUUUUUAGACUACACAUAUAAGUGAAAUCAGAUGGUAUUUGCCUUUCUCUGUUUGACUUCCUUCACUUAGCAUUAUAGCCUCUAAGUCCCUCCAUGUUGUAAAUGGCAAGAUCUCAUUCUUUUUUGUGGCUGAGUAAUAUUCCAUUGUGUAUGUAUUUAUAUAGUACAUCUUCUUUACCUAUUCAUCUAUUGAUGGACACUUGGGUUGCUCCCAUAUCUUGGCUAUUGUAAAUAAUGCAGCAAUAAACAUAGAGGUGCAUAUAUCUUUUUGAAUUAGUGUUUUUGUUUUCUUUGGGUAAAUACCCAACAGUGGAGUUGCUGAAUCAUAUGAUAUUUUUAUUUUGAAUUUUUUGAGGAUCCUCCAUAUUGUUUUCUACAGUGGUUGCAUCAAUUUACAUUCCUACCAACAAUCUAUAAGGUUCUCUUUUGUCCACAUCCUCACCAACACUUGUUAUUUCUUGUCUUUUUGAUAAUAGCCAUUCUGAUAAUAGUGUGAAGUGAUAAGUCAUUGUGAUUUUGACUAACAUUUCCCAGAUGAUUAGUGACCAUCUUUUCAUGUAUCUCUUUUGCCUAUUUUUUAAUCAGAUUUUUUUUUUUUCUGUUGAAUUGUGGAAGUUCUUUAUAUAGUCUGGGUAUUAACCCCUUAUUGGAUGUAUCAUUUGCAAAUACCUUCUAUUCAGUAGAUUGCCUUUUUGUUUUAUUGAUGGUUUCUUUUUCUAUGCAAAAGCUUUUUAUUUUGUUGUACUCCCAAUAUUUUAUUUUUGCUUUUGUUUCCCUUGCCUGAGGAAACAAAUCCAUAAAUAUGUUGCUAAGGCCUAUGUCCCACAGAUUACUGCCUGUGUUUUCUUUUAAGAGUUUUAUGGUUUCAGGUCUCAUGUUUAGGUCUUUAAUCCAUUAAAUAGUAAAGUUUAAAAAAUAAUUAUGUGUAUGCUUUAUUCUGGCAAGGAGUACUAAUUUGCAUGGCUACUAUAAAAAAAAAAAAGGUGUCACUUUUUCACUCAGGAGAAUAUCUGAUGUUCUUUCAGUGAGUUCCACAAAGAGUUUUAUUGUCAUUUUCAUUUUGUUUCUUUGAAGUAAGAAGCAUGGUAGGUGAUCUAUAGGGUCACCAAAAAAUCUAUAACCACGACUCAUUUGGGAUCAGCAAAUUAAUCUGAAUAUAGUUGGGGGAUGCUGGAAAUGGAAGAAGAGAGGAAAACACAUGGAUAGGAAUUAAAAGAAAAGGAGGGAAUCAAAGAAAUAAUAACAAUAUUUACUAGGUACUGUAUUGAAUCUUGUGCUUUAGUCUGAUAAGGAAAACAUUCAUGUAAACAACAGGGUCUUAGUAUAAGAGAUAGAGACAUUUAAUAAAAAAUACGGGAGGGCUUAUUAAUAAUAAUGUUAUUACUUGCUAAAUGCUUAUUAAAAUUUUGCUUAAAAGAAAAAGGAAGAAGACUAAUUAUCAUUUACAUGAUCCCCUCUGUUAUCUCUUACUACUAAUAGUUUGCUAUAAGGCUCCUAAAAUCAGGAGGGAUUAAGAAGAAUGUUGAGAAAAUCCGUAUGUUUUCUAUUUCUACUCUUAUUCUCUUUUUUAUAUGCCAGCUGGGUGACCACCUUUCUUAGGCAUGGGGAAACUUGGUAGCUGAGGAUAAUGGAAAUAAUACUUCCCUUUUUAUAUGGGUUAUUUAAAAUACAGACAGACCAUGUAUUAUAUUGACAAAGCAUAAUUAUCUAAAGUAGUUGCAUUUCUUUUUUAAAAAUGCAUAUUAUAUACUUGACAAAGGAUUUGUAUUUAGAAUAUAUAAAGAAUUUUUACAACUCAACAGUAAGAACACAAACAAUCAAAUAAAUUAAGCAAAAAAUUUGGAUAGUCACUUUAUUUACCAAGGAGGACAUAGGAUUGGCCAAUGAGCAUGUGAAAAGAUACUCAGCUUCACUCAGCAUCAGUGAAAUGCAAAGUAAAGGCACGAUGAGAUAUCAUUUCACAGCUGCUAGAAAGGCUGCAAUUAAAAAGAUGAUUGCAAGGGUUGACAAAGAUGUGGAGGAACCAAACCUCACACUGAUGGUGAAGAUGAAAUUAAUGUAUAACCACUUUGGAAAACUGUAGUGAUUUUUUUAACAAGUUAAACAUACACCUAUUGUGUGACCCAGUUAUUUCCUCCCUGAUAUUUACCCAACAGAAAAGAAAGCAUAUGUCUAUACAAGGAAUAUUCAUAGCUUAAUUUUCAUACCUGAAAACUGGAAACAACCCAAAUGUUGGUCAGUAGCAGAAUAUAUGAACAAAUAGUGGUAUAUCCAUAUAAUAGAACACUGCUCAGUAAUACAAAUGAACAAUACAUGCAACAACAUGGAUAAAUUUUGGUCAUAAUUAUGCAAAGAGAAAGAAGCCAUACAAAAGAGAGUACAUGCUGUUUGAUGCCUUUUUUUUUUUUUUUUUUAAUUCUAGAAAAUAACAAAUCAAUAAACAGAUCCCUGGUUGUGUGGGAUGGGGAGAGGGGAGAAGUAAGGAGGGAUGAACUGUUUGGGGGAAAUGAUACAGAUGUUCAUUAGUCUGUGACUGAUUUCACAGGUAUAUACAUAUACCAACAUUUAUCAAAUUAUAUACUUCAAAUAUGUGCAGUUUAUUGCAUGUCAAUUAUACCUCAAUAAAGCUGAUUCUAAAAUAGCUUACUCUACCUGUUUCACAUAGUAAUCAUUCAAAGAUGCUAGGUUUGAAGUAGUUCUAUGUCUUACUGUGUAGGAUUUGAGAAUAAAAAACUAAGAUUGAAGAACUAUUUUAAGUUAAUAAAACAGUGACAGCAAAUGAAUUCACUGAUUCAUUCAUAAUCAGUGUAUGUUUUUGAGUGCUGGACAAACUGUGCAGUUAAUAAGAUUUAAAUUUUUAAUAAACACACUCUACCCCCAACAUGGGGCUUGAACUCAAUGACCCUGAGAUCAGAAAUUGCAUGCUCUGUUGACUGAACCAGCCAGGUGCCCCUAAGAUUUAAAUUUUUAAAUUUCACAUGUGAUCUGUGGUCGUGCCUGGGUGGCUCAGUCGGUUAAGCAUUUGACUCUUGAUCUCAGCUCAGAUCAUGAUGUCAAUGGUUUGUGAGUUCAAGCCCUGCACUGGGCUGUGCACUGAUAGUGUGGAGCCUGCUUGGGAUUCUCUGUUUCCUCCUCCCUCUGUUUCUCUCUCUCUCUUUCUCUCUAAAACAAACAAACAAACAAACAAACAUCUUAAAGAAUUCACAUGUAAUCCAAAUGUAAUGUAACUUCAAAAUCAGUUUAUUAACUGGGGAAAUGUUGUCAUAAGAAACUUUUCUCUGUAUCAAACUAUGGAAUUUUAAAAUACAGCAGUUCAUUGAACACUAAUAAAUAUACAACUCAAAAAAGACUAAUAGAUAUUGGUUGUUGACUUAGAUGUGAUAAGGAAACCAAGAUAAAUCUGAUACAGACCUUGCUUUCCAGUUGCUUAUAGUCUAUUAGGGGCGAAAUAAUAGGCCUCUAAUUAGCAAAAUCAGAAAUUAAAGUGAUAAGAUCUCUAAUUGAUGGAGAGUAGUGUAAAGGAGAGGAAAGUUGACUUUCCAUUCAGAAAGAGGUGAAGGAAAGAAGACAUUUGUUAGAGAAGUGGGAUUUUAAAAGAAAGACUGUAAUAUCAUCUAGUUAUUUACUUCUCAAGUCUGUUCUUGUAUCCAGACUGUCAUUGUUUUUAUGAGUAACGAUUAAUUUGAAACAGAUGAUUUGUGUAUUCAGAAUCAAGUGAUGUUUUGUACAUUUCCUCUUGUUUGAAAGUUUCCAGCAAUUAAAAUACUGACAAUCUUGGAAAGUAAUUUUAGUUACCAUGCCUUCUGUUCUUUUAGCCAUUAUGACUACUAAUUUAGUACAUUACUUAAUAUAAUACACU